AUGGCAAUGUCCUCUGUGCCUCUCUGCAAUGGGUGCACUUCUUGGCAAGGGCUUCUGUUCACAGUUUCCCUUUUAAUCUGUUGGCACCUCUCUACCACAGCCCAUGUCACCAUUGAAUCUGUCCCACCCCAUGUGGUAGAAGGAGAUAAUGUCCUUUUCCUUGUCCACAAUCUGCCAGACAAUGUUCUAGAAUUAGCUUGGGCCAAAGGGGUGAACACUAUGAACCUUGGAAUUGGAACAUAUAAGCGGAAUAAAAACUUAUGUGUGCCAGGAAUUGCAAAUAGUGGUAGAGAAUCAGUGUACAGCAAUGGAACCCUGCUGCUCAGAAAUGUGACAAAGAAGGACACAGGAUUCUAUACCCUAAGAGCCUUCAGUAGACGUGCAAUGAUUGAGUCAACAACAACCAUUUACCUUCAUGUGCACACUGUAUUUUGGACUUGUGGGCGCCAUGACACCUCUACCCAGCCCAGCAUUGAAUCAGUGUCCCCCUGUGUUUCUGAAGGGGGAAGUGUUUUUCUACGCGUUCACAAUCCCCCAGAGAAUAUUGUAGGCUUUGUCUGGUUCAAAUGGAUGACUGCUUUAAAGAAACUGGAGCUUGCCCGAUACAUAAUAGACAGAAAAUCAACUCUGUGGGGUCCCGCAUACAGUGGCAGAGAGACGUUGUACAGUGAUGGAUCCCUGCUGCUGCAUGGUGUUACUCAGAAAGACUCUGGAUUGUACACUCUACAAAUUGUGAGAACAGAUACGAAACGUGAAGAAGCAAAAGUGCAGCUCCAGGUGGACACUUCCCUUUCUCGGUUCUGUAAACCUCUCACUUCUUCCCAAUUUAUGAUCCAACCUGUGCCUCGGUAUGCUGCUGAAGGGGAAAGUGUACUUCUCCAAGUUCAUAAUCUUCCAGAAGACCUGCAAGCCUUUACCUGGUACAAAUCAAAGUAUAGGAUCCGGGUCCUUAAAGUUGCAGAAUACAGGCGAGACAUAGACACCAUCAUCUGGGGGUCUAAAUACAGAGAUUUUGAUAUGGUGUACAACAAUGGAUCCUUAUUGCUCAAAAACCUCACUGAGAAAGAUGCAGGCAUCUAUACAUUAGCAGUUCAAAACAAGGAUUCUACAAUUGAAAAAGCAUAUGUAAAAGUUAAUGUAAAGAAGCCUGUGGCACAGCCCUUUGUGCAAAUCACUGAUACCAUGGUCGCAGGACAUAGAUCUGUGAUCUUCACCUGUGUGUCACCUGACACUGAUAUCUCUAUCCGCUGGAUCUUCAAUAACCAGAGUCUGCAUCACUUAGAGAGGAUGACUCUGUCCCCGACAAAGUGUGGACUCAUGAUAACUCCUGUCAGGAGUGAGGAUGCCGGAGAGUAUCAGUGUGAGGUCUCCAACCAAAUCAGUUUGAAGACCAGUCUCCCAGUGUCCUGGCCAUGA